GUAUUUAUGCAGAAGGGGGGGAAGGGCAAAGAAAGAAAGGGAAAAAAAAGGGGGAAAGAAAGGAGGGAGGGAAUAGUGAAGCAGAAAAUAACUGAUUCUCUUCUAUCGAUCUCAGGCACCUACACCCUGCACUCAGCUGGCAAAUCUGGGCCUUGCAGAUUUUUUUUUUUUUUUUUUUUGCAAUACAACCGUGUACCUAUUCUUUGUAUUGCUGUCUCUUCCUGCUGAAUGUGGAAAGGGAAAGACGAGUGCUCAGACUAUGGGAAGGAUGGUGCAUGCUGGGCAGGGUCUCCAGGAAAGCCUGAGGAUCUAACAGGCCUCUUGGAUUUACCAAAAGUGGAUCUGCUUUAAAAGAAGAUCAUUAUUUUUUCAAGGAGUUGAGAAAGCUGUUUCUACAGAUAGAUGGGCCAAAUGGUUCUUAUCUGCCGACACAUUCUAUGUUUCUAUGUUUUCCUGGAAGAAUCUUCCUGAAAAUAUCUGCUGCAAGGGAUCUUCAAUUCCCACCAGCACAUUGGUGUAUUGCAAAACCCUGCUUUAUUUUCUGCUGUGGUUUCUUAUAGGAAUUGGGCAGAGGAUGCCUUCACAAUUAAUUUUUAAAUCAUUUUUUAAUUGUUUUAAUGUGUUUUUAUUUGCUGCUGAUUUUUGCUGUUUUAAAAAUUUUAAGGAAAAAAAAAACAAAACAAUAAGUCCACACUACAAUUGUUAAGUUAUUAUAUUUUUUUGUAUUUGGACAAUCCAUGCAGAGGAUAAUAUUUUAUUUAUGCAGAGGAUGAAAACCAUUGCAACCUGUCAUUCUGAACACUGGGGGUUAAAAGUUUGCCUUGUCAACUUAACAGCUGUUAAAACAAAAUUGGAUUUUUUAUUUUUUACCUUGUCCUUUUAAGACUGUAAUGUUCAGGCAGGAAAGUAACGGUCUGUAAUUGCAUUCUGCAAUAUUCGAUUUAGUUUUAAUUUAUUAUUAUAAUAAACUUUUUUUUUUGUGUGCAACUAACUGAAACGAAAGAACCAAGAUUUAACUUGGCUUGGAACAGGAAGAAGGUGAAUGUACAAGAUGGGUGGGUUUGUCCCUUUAACAAUACACUGUGGCAUUGGUAAGCAGUAAAAUUGCCAAAAUAUAUAAUUUUGAUUUUCCAUCUUUUGACCUAUUUCAAUCCGGAGACAAGACCCUGGAUUUUGGGAUACCUGUAGCGAAAAUGAGCAUCAGUUCAUCGCCGACAUCCAUUGACAGAGCACCUUCUAAGCGACACCCUCAUUUGCCAAGCCCCAUUGCAGCCUGGUUGAGCAGCCUGUCAUCUGUUGGUGACGGGGCAUCAGAACGAAGGUCUCCCGGGCACCAGCGCCAAAUCACAGACUAUAGCGAGUCAACAGGUUUGGUACAGCGCUGUGUGGUUGUACAAAGAGAUCAGAAUGGAUUUGGUUUCACGGUCAGCGGGGACAGAAUUGUCCUUGUUCAGUCAGUUCGUCAAGGUGGUGCGGCCAUGCGGGCAGGCGUACAGGAGGGUGAUCGUAUUGUGAAGGUGAAUGGCACAUUGGUUGCCAACAGUUCUCACAUUGAGGUGGUGAAGCUCAUCAAGUCUGGAACAUACGUUGCACUCACCCUCCUUGGUUCUCCUCCGCCUUCCUCAACAAUGUCUGGACAAGAUCGAAGCUCUUCGGCCUCAAUCAGGAAUUUGUCUUCUCCGGUGCCACCCCCUCCUCCCUUGCCGCCUCCCCAGCGCAUAACAUGUCCUAAGCCACUACAGGAUCCUGAGGUUCAGAAGCAUGCAACCCAGAUCCUGCGUAACAUGCUAAAGCAAGAAGAGACAGAGCUACAGGCGCUUUGUGAAGUUUAUAAUCGAACACCGAACCCUAGUCUGCAGGAGCAGAUAGAAGGAGCCAGAAGAAGAGUCCAUCAGUUGCAACUUAAGAUACGUCAGGAGACGGCUGGACCUGGAGAUUUUCUGCGUUCCUACAGUGACUGUAGCACCAUAGGCUACAAAGUAAUAGAAGGACGCCUGUCUCUGGAUUCACAAGACUGUGACAGUGGCCUAGAUUCUGGUACUGAAAGGAUCACUUCAGUUGGUGAAUAUUCUAUGAACAGGAACUCCAUCUUGUCUGACUUUGGGUUAGACAGCUCUCAUACCUCUCCAGUCAUCUCUGCAAAGAUCUUCCAACACAGACGUCAGGGCUCCGACACGGCAUUGAUUCAAGAAUCGGUGGACAGUGCCCGACCUGUCAUCAUAUGCCCAGAAGAGGAUUAUGACCAUGGCUAUGACAUCUCCGAGUGUGAUGGUUUGUUCCAAGACCUGGACAAACUGAAGGCUCGGCCAGCCCACAUGGGGGUGUUCUUGAGGUACAUCUUUUCGCAAGCGGACCCCAAUCCUCUGCUGUUCUAUCUGUGUGCUGAAGUUUGUCAGCAGCUCAGUGCUCGAGAUGCCUGCUCCUUGGGGAAAGAUGUGUGGAAUAUCUUCUUGGAUAAAAGUGCACCUCUGAGAGUAAAAAUUCCUGAGCACCUACUUGCUGAAAUAGACUCCUGUUUACGUGGUUCUGAGGAUGUUCGGAGUGCACUAAGUGAGGCACAAGAUGCCAUGUUACCAGAAAUACAGGAGCAGAUUCAAGACUACAGGACCAAACGGACUAUGGGCCUGGGAAGUCUAUAUGGAGAAAAUGACCUGCUGGACCUUGACAUUGACCCUCAGAGAGAGCGUCAGGUGGCUGCUAAGCAGAUAGCACAACUGGGGGAGAUCCUGUCAAAAUAUGAAGAGGAGAGAAGCUCCCCUAUGGCCUUUGCACUAAGCACCUAUAUGAAUCAUGCUGGAAUCAGUUCACGUGAGUUUCGACCUGCCAGUGUCGCAGAGAAAUCUCAGAUCAUUCCUGACAAGGACAAGUGGCUCCCCUUCUUCCCCAAAACUAAAAAGAACAGCAAUGCCAAAAAGGAGAAGGAUCGGGAAUCUGCAGAUGACAAGAAACGGAACCCAAUUCUUAAAUACAUUGGCAAACCCAAAAGUUCCUCUCAGAGCACAUUUCAUGUCCCUUUAUCCCCUAGUGAAGUAAAACCUGGGAAUGUCCGUAAUAUUAUCCAGCACUUUGAAAACAACCAACAGUAUGACCUCCAGGAACUUGGCAUGCAACGAUUGUCCACUGGAAGCUUUCCCGAUGACCUGAUGGACAAUGACAGCCCGGGCAUAAGGAUACUGCACAGUAUGGAGUGUCGGCGCCGGCGGCCCGCAACAAACAGGACGAGGAGGGCAGCGCUUGCGGGUAACAUUGCACGGUCAGAGGUGAAACUGGGACGUUCAGAAAGUUUGAAGGGUCGAGAAGAGCUGAAGAAAUCCCGCAAAGCUGACAAUGUUCCUCGCUCUCGCAGUGAUGUGGACAUGGAUGCUGCUGCCGAAGCGUCAAGGCUACAUCAAUCUGCAUCAUCUUCAGCAUCUAGCCUCUCCACAAGGUCACUGGAUAACCCAACACCACCCUACACCCCCAAGCUGAGUCGAAGGAGUAUGGAGUCUCCAAAUCAGAUUUUUACUGGUGAAUCCUUGCUGGCCAACCUGCAAGAAGAUGAUUUGGGGCAUAUGUCAGACCCUGAACUUGAUGCCCAGAACUGGCAACAUACGGUGGGCAGGGAGGUGGCUCAGAAUCUUACUGCGAAGGAGAGGGCACGCCAGGAAGUAAUACAUGAGCUUUUUAUGACAGAGGCAUCUCAUCUUCGGGUCCUUCGAGUUCUUGAUCACAUAUUCUACCAGAAGAUGCGCAAGGAGAAUUUUCUAUCAACCGAGGAACUUUUGCUUGUAUUUCCUAAUCUCCCUGAGCUGAUUGAGAUCCACAACUAUUUAGUAGAACUCAUGAAGAAGGUGAGGGAGGAAGGACCAGUUGUCAAGGAGAUUGGUGACCUCAUGUUGUCUCGAUUUGAUGGAACAGCCGGAGAAGAAGUUUGCCAGGAAAUAGCCAGGUUCUGCUCUUGCCAAACCAUCGCCCUUGACCUCAUUAAAAUAAAAAAACGUAAAGAAGCUCGGUUCAACCUGUUCAUGCAGGAAGCAGAGAGCAGCCCUCAGUGUCGGAGACUUCAGCUGAAAGAUCUUAUUGUAUCCGAAAUGCAGAGACUGACGAAAUACCCAUUGCUUUUGGAGAACAUUAUCAAACAUACAGAUGCCGGCACACCAGAAUAUGAGAAGUUGUGUCGUUGUCGUAAUAGAUGUCGCGACAUCCUGAAAUUUGUAAAUGAGUCGGUGAAACAGCGAGAGAACGAAUAUCGGUUGGGAGAAUACCAGAAACGUUUGGAUUCCACUUCCUUGGAGAGAAGCAAUAAUCCCUUGGCUGCAGAAUUUAAGAACCUGGACCUGACAACAAGGCGUAUGAUUCAUGAAGGAUCUUUAACUUGGAGGAUAACAAAAGAUAAAACCAUUGAUCUGCAAGUUCUCCUCUUGGAGGAUCUUCUGGUUCUCCUUCAGAAACAAGAUGAGAAGCUGGUGCUUAAGUGCCACAGCAAGACCUCAGUGGUGUCCUCUGAUACUAAGCAAUCCUUCAGUCCUGUUAUAAAGUUAAACUCUGUACUGGUCCGAUCAGUAGCCACAGAUAAGAGAGCUUUCUUCAUUAUUUGCACGUCUGAACUUGGGCCUCAGAUCUAUGAGUUGGUGGCGCUGACAUCUUCUGAAAAAAACACGUGGAAAGACCUACUGGAAGAAGCUGCCAAAAGUGCAACAAGACAUCCACCCACUUUUAUAAAACCAAAAACACAGAAUCUGGUCCAUUCCAGGACAUCCUCUACCAGUUCGGUGUUACAAGAUGCAGGCAUCCCUAAUUUAUUGUCCGAAGCUAGCAUAAGAACCAACAGUGAGGACCUCACAACUGAUGAGAAUCAGGGCAAGUUCCUCGGACACCCUGACAAAACUGAGGUCCUUUUGGAAGAACCGGAGGGCUUAGAAGAGGAUGAAGCACAGACCCCCACACAAUUACCAUUUCCAUCCCAAGUGGAGGAUGCAGGAGGAGGUUUAGAGGACCAGUCUGAUCCCACUUACCUUGCUUAUCAGUGGCCAUCAGUGAGUGAAGGUUUGGCAGAAUCUGCAUUGGAAGAUGUCCAGAAUCUUCGGCAGCUUAUUCUACGAAGUCUUCUUCCCUUGAGACAUACAGAAUAUGAUUCUGCCCUACCAGAAGAUGACCACACACCCACGCCUUCAGUUUCCGGUGGGGCUGGAAAUCCAUGGGAGAUGGUGACAGACUCUGUAUUAGUGACACUAGAUGGAGAAAGCUCUACUGACUGCCAGGGAGAAUUGUCAUUGCAACGUUCUAGCAUCACUGAAAGCAGUAGGGCUAUAGUGGACCUCACUCACCAGCACAGACGGCAAGGCUCUAAAGAUGGAGAGGAGAGUGUUUGGGAUAUGGGUGAGACCCACAUGAAAGGCAGCUCUAACCUAGAGACACAGAAUGAUUCAUCAGAUACUGUUUCCAUGGACCAUAGUAAUAAAGCAUACAAAGUAGUGAGAAAAGCUGAGGUGGUGGGCAGUAAUGAUGUCAUACCGUUGCCAGACAGCAGCCAAUCAGAAAGAGUGUUGCAGGAAGCUGGCGGCGGAACGGUUUUAGAUGGAAAUCUAUUUUAUGUUGUCAUGCCAACUUUACCGUCAUUGUCUGACCCUGAAGAAGAGCCCCAGCCACCUUCAGAAUUGAGUCAAUAUGGGGAACCAGAAGACAGCCCAACCGUACGCAAAUUGGACAAUAUUGCGGAAAAUGACAACCGACCAACACAAAGUAUAGAGAAUGAAGCAUCUGGCUCUGAUAUGCCACAUAAUUUGGUUAUUCAGGAAGUUGAUACAAUCUUUAAAACUAUUGAGCAACUAACGGACAAAUUACACAGGUUACAGGAGGUGGAGUCAGCACAUCAGGAGCUCUUAAGAUCUUUGAAGGAUAAAUCCACUGAAGACAAUACUCAGGAGCCUGAAUCAGUGCUUGAGAACAUUCAACCGGAAGAACACCAUGAGUCAACUGUUAAUAGUUCGUUCUUCUUUGUGAAGAACAGCAUUUCAGUGUCCCUCCAUCGAGAUAGCCUUACAGAUACACGUGAUGAUGCUUUAAAUCUUACCAUGGGCCUUUAACCUUGUGCAUAGACGCCAAAAAAAAAAAUCACUAGGGUCUCUACCACUACUGUUCAACCUCUCAUCUGUCCAGAAUUGUAUUUAAGAGGUCGGAAACAUGGCAUGAAGCUAUACAAACAUGGCUGCUGGCUAAGGAUAUGGGCACUUUACAUUGAAGGUUAUUACUAAACAGCCAGACUUGGACUGUGAUUACAGGAAAUUUUUAAAACUGAUAUGGAGGGAAAAAUAGAAAGAAAGAAAAAAAAAGAAACACAAACUGGAAUUGUUAUUUUUGGAGGAAGAAAAAAAAAAUGCAAAGCAUGUUAGCUUAAUAAAUUAAAUAUAAAUAUAUAUAUAUAAAUAUAUGUAUAGUUAUAUACCUAUUUAAAGAAAAAAGCAGAGACAAAAAAAAUUACACGAUCACGGAUUGGUUUCUAACAAAAUACGUGAGUUUUUGUUUUAUCCCGGAAAUGCGCAUGCCUCCAUAUGAAUGGAUACGGCAGGAAGACCACUUGUGGACAUUUGUGGGAAGACAUUCUUUCUCGCCUGUGGUUGUCCUUCUACACUGAGGAGAGUCUGUUCUGUAAAAAUGCACUAUUUCCAAAAGAUAGGAGAAGCCCAAGCAUCUGCACACUGGGGGCCACCUCCCUUUUUUUUUUUUUUUUUUUUUUUGUAUGUAUAAAUAUGUAUGUAUGUGCAUUUUUAUUUUGUAUAUAGUUUUUCCCUUUGCCCUCUCUUCCAUCUUGUAAUAAAACAAGCUUUUUACCAUUGGCAUGUGUCAUCAAUGUGAAAGUUG